UUAUAAUCUCAUCUUAAUUAGCAACAUGACCAUUGAGAUCCAUAAAAGAGUACAACACUUUCUUUUAUCAGCUUGUUUGGGAAGUCGAAUGGAAGCAUUAGGCAUCUUGGUGCUGGAGAGGCAGGCUUUGCUGUCCAAGCGAGGAGAGGAGCCACACCCAGCGCGUAAGAAGAUGCGCAGAGAUGCAGAUGCCCUGUCUCAGGAUGAUGCCCUUUGGCUUAGCAUUGCUGAAAUGUACAAGAGUCUGAACAUGUGGGAUGUGGUAAGAGGAGUCGUGCAAGGAAAACUAGGAGCCAUAAAGGAGGAAACACAGAAGGCACUUGAGGCAGAAGCAACAAAUAGCCAUGUGAAGGCAUUCCUUCUCUAUCGCCAAUCCCUAGACACUACUGACUGGGAAGAGGAACCUUUGCCGGCAGAAAAUCGCCUUUGGGAGGAAUGGUAUUCCAAUUGUGCAGCCAUCCUUGGGCAGUGGUCGGAAUUGGAGAACUUUGUAGAAAAGCGGUUCUUGCAAGAUGAUGCCGGUGAAGUUGAUCUGAACCGGGUGUGGCUCCUUCCCAAGCCAACUGCAGCCGCCCUCCCAGCCUUGGUCCACUCUAAACUCAUGAACAUUUUGGAUGGAUCAGAGUCUGAUGGAAACCUCAUUGCUUUCAUAGAUCAGUCAAUGGGAGAUCAUCGACAUAGAUCCAUGCUGGAGGGAGAUUUGCCGCUUCAAUUAGGUGUCUUAGCUGCUCACCAAGAGAAAUUUGAACAGGCAAAUGUUUAUGCAAACACUGCCACAUCAAUGACCCUUUUAACAUUAUCUCAGUACUCGGUUCUUACUCCCAAUCCUUUAUUGGACACUUUGCAAAAUGUUCAGCUGCUAACAGAGCUGCGUGACUGCUUGAACAAUGUUAAAUAUGCUGACCGAGAUUUUUACUCUUCAAAAGUCAAGCAAACAGUCACCAACUGGAAGAAACAGAAAUGCCGCAUUGAUGAUAACCCGCUCAUGACCCAGUGCCUGGCUUCAUAUCGGGACUUGUACUUACACAUAAUGGAGAAGAAAUUACCAGAAGACUCUUGGAGGUUUUGAACCU